AAAAGCCAUAAUAUUAAAAGAAAAAGCACAAUCCCUGGUGAAACCAUUUGAAUCUGAGAAAAAAACUCUACCAACAUAUUUCUCUGAGUAAACAGACAAACAGAAUUUUUUUUUCAAAAUCACUACAAGUGUAAGACUUAUCAAUUACAAGUCCCUCCAUCUCCACCAUUCAUAACUUAACAACCAGCAAAGUAAGAAAAAGCAAGUCUUUUAACAAGAGAACAUGUCAAUAUUUAAAUAGGUUGUACUCUGUCGGAGGACAAAAAACAAACAGCUGUCCCUGCUCCCAACAACAUUCCUGACAUCCCUUUCUUUUCCAAGUAUUCCUUGCGCAUUUGCGCAAGGUGAAAGGAAAGCUCUUUAACCCUUUUCCCCUCCAGCUGCCAGCGGCUAUUCCUGUGCUGCCGGGUGACAAACUGGGACGUGGCAGCUGUGUGUCCCCAGGGAAUGUGUUCCCAGCCCCGCCUGUUCCCCACACACAGCGGGGCUCUGCCCAAACGCAGCAGUGCCCACACUCCUGCCCCUGCCCCUCGAGAUCCUGGGCGCAAAGGCUCCCGCACAGCUGCGGGUUUGUGUCUGGAGAGCACGAAAUACACCGAACAACUCAGCUUUUUCCUGCUCCGACUGACUUCUGAGACGCAACUUCCAAAGCAUCAGCAAAAAGGAGAGCAAGAGCAGCCACGUGUAUUACACAAAAAACCCCACAAAGAUUAGCCCCAGGACAUCCAGUUCAUUUAAAAGGGAAUUGCAGCGCAGGAGAUGGCACAGACAUCAUACCAUGGUUAGCGUUGCUCAGGAUGUACAAACAGUUCUGGAAGUGAGGAAAUCUCAUAUUUGUUCUCUGUACCCAGCCACCAACAAAAGGUGUCUCUCAGUCCUAACACAUAUUGACAAUUCUGUUUGUUUAGAGCCUAGAGCGAAUCUCAAUUCUGCUUCAAUGUAACAGGACAUUUGCCAACAACUUGUAAAAGUCAUAAACAGCCCUUUAAAUAAAGCAGUAAGAUCUGGAAAUCUCUAUUUGAAUCUCAGAUCCUACAUCUGCAUCACUGUGAUUAUUUCUUCCUUAGAACUGUCUUCACACAAAUAACCACCAAACCAGACUCAAAGCCCCACCUCCCCUUUAUAUGCUGACAAAAGCAGCUUGCAUGUGCUUUUUAAGAAAGACGAAUCUUGCCUCAGCUUCCAGAGGCAAGAAGGAAAAAGAACGCUUGCAUACAAAGUAGUACAGAAUAAUAAAAACUUCCUGAUCUGGUUACUUUGCAGCUUGUUUGGAGAAGCAGGUAGUGUGAAAAAAAUUUCUAGAUCUUUUUCAGGUUUGUUAAUACCUGAAAAAACCGCUGGAAAAAACCCACCAAACUUCCUCCUCCUAUAAAGAUCACGUAUAAAGUUAAUUAUCCAUAAAGUAAUCCCUUUCAAAGCCAUAUGUAUCAAAAAUUUUAAAGCCAAGUAUUUUAAAAGCUGUUGGUUAUCAAGGCCUGUAAGGGGGAAAUUCUACCUGUCUAACCUGGGUCUUGCCAUGAAAUUUAGGAAUUCCAUUGUAUUAAAUCCACUCAUAGUAUUCUGCAAAUAGCUCGUGAUGUUGAACAGUAACAACAAAGCGAUAUUUAAAUUUAUAUCCAUAAAGUUUAGACUAUGUUGGUGGCAGUCCCGGGAAAAAGGCUGGGUUCUAUCCACUCCAAACUCCGAGGGGGAAAGAAACACAAGGACUUCGGGGCCCUUAUGCGAACAAAUCCCAACUCUCGCUGCUUACCAUCAGGUCUCCUACGCCACGCAGGCUCCAUUCCUAAAGCAGCAGUGGUUCAGGGUGGUACCGACCCCCGCAAAAAAGCUCCUGCAUCCGCGAUGCAGAAUCCCAGGUGGGGCUAACGUGUUAUUCCGGAGGAUAUGGGCAAUACCUCAGAGCAUCCCUGCCAAGAGCCCGCGGUGCCGGUCGCUCCCUUGCAGGCAGCGGGCAGCGGCGGUGCCCUGUGAACCCCCUCACCCCUCAGCUCGCGGUGCUCAGAGGCCGCCCCGACCCCCAGCCCCGCUCUGCGCCUGGGAACGGGCUCGGGGCCAGGCCUGCCCGGCGGGUACCGCACGGCCCAGCAAAGGGCUCUGCUGCGGGGAGCUCGCUCCCGGGAAGGGGCACUGUGUGACCGAUACCAUGAAGGAGAGCGAGCCCUGAGGGCUUCUCACGCGGCCGGCGAGGAGCGAACGGCAGAGCCGCCAUUUGCCGGGAGCCGCGGACCGGGGAGCGCGGAGGAGCCGCGUGCGAUAACUUCCUCCUCAGUGAUGAAAUCAUGGCCAAUGGCUUUCACUCCUGUGACAGUGAUGAAGAAGACAGAGCCUCACAUGCAAGUUCCAGUGACUGGACCCCAAGACCACGUAUAGGUCCCUACACUUUUGUUCAGCAGCAUCUCAUGUUAGGUACAGACCCACGGACGAUUCUGAAGGACCUGCUGCCAGAAACGAUCCCCCCACCUGAACUGGAUGACAUGACUCUGUGGCAGAUCGUGAUAAACAUCCUUUCAGAGCCACCAAAAAGGAAGAAGAGGAAAGAUAUUAACACCAUUGAUGAUGCUGUGAAACUUCUGCAGGAGUGCAAGAAGAUCAUGGUCUUGACUGGAGCUGGGGUGUCAGUGUCCUGUGGAAUACCUGACUUUAGAUCCAGAGAUGGCAUCUAUGCACGCCUUGCUGUAGACUUCCCAGACCUUCCAGAUCCUCAAGCAAUGUUUGAUAUAGAAUACUUCAGAAAGGAUCCCAGGCCGUUUUUUAAGUUUGCAAAGGAAAUCUACCCAGGACAGUUCCAGCCGUCUCUCUGCCACAAGUUCAUCGCUUUGAUGGAUAAAGAAGGAAAACUCCUUCGCAACUAUACUCAGAACAUAGACACACUGGAACAGGUGGCAGGGAUCCAGAGGAUAAUACAGUGUCAUGGUUCCUUUGCAACAGCUUCCUGCCUGAUCUGUAAAUACAAAGUUGAUUGUGAAGUUGUUCGAGGAGAUAUUUUCAAUCAGGUGGUGCCCCGCUGUCCCCGCUGUCCCCCCGAGGAGCUGCUGGCUAUCAUGAAACCGGACAUUGUGUUCUUUGGGGAGAACCUGCCCGAGCAGUUCCACCGUGCCAUGAAGUAUGACAAAAAUGAAGUGGAUCUCCUCAUUGUCAUUGGGUCUUCACUCAAAGUAAGACCAGUAGCAUUGAUCCCAAGUUCCAUCCCCCAUGAAGUGCCUCAGAUCUUAAUUAAUAGGGAACCUUUGCCUCAUCUACACUUUGAUGUGGAGCUUCUUGGAGACUGUGAUGUUAUAAUUAAUGAAUUGUGUCAGAGGUUAGGUAGUGAAUACACAAAACUUUGCUACAACUCGGUAAAACUUUCAGAAAUCACAGAAAAGCCUCCGCGGCCGCACAAGGAGCUCGAAGCCCUCUCGGCUGAGCUCCCUCCAACCCCUCUGAACAUUUCAGAAGGCUCCGGUUCACCAGAAAGGAUGAGCCCACCUGAUCCUGCGCUGGUGUCACAACACCCACCUGAAUGUAAGGUAGAAAACUGUGAGCCUGCCUCAGAAACUAAAGGGACCUGCUCUGAGGAGACCCUUCAGGACACACAGGUGUCAUCAGAAAACCCUGAAAAUCCUGCUAGUGAGCUAAUGAACUCUGAAACAGUGAAGGAAAAUGGGUCUAAUGAUGGAGAAAAUAAAGAAAGGAGUGAAAUAUUGAAGAAGUGUUGGGUAAACAGAUCUGCAAAAGAACAGAUUAGCAAAAGGCUGGAUGGUACUCAGUAUCUGUUUCUGCCACCCAAUCGCUAUAUCUUCCAUGGUGCUGAGGUGUACUCGGAUUCUGAAGACGACAUCAUAUCUUCCAGCUCUUGUGGCAGCAGCAGUGAGAGCGGCUCUUGCCACAGCCAGAGCUUAGAUGUGGAGGAUGAGAGUGAGAUGGAGGAGUUCUACAAUGGCAUAGAGGAUGAGGAUGCUCCUGAGCAGGAGGAGGAGCCUGCGUUCGGGGAGGAUGGAGUCGAGCAGGAGGAGGUGGCAGCUGAGGAAUCAGCUGAGACAAAGGAAGCUGCAGGGACGGAACAUCGGAGCAACGUGCUGUGAAGUGAUCGCUGACUGGUUACAGGAACUUCCCACCAGCAUUAGGAGCUUUGGCAUGUCAGAAUGAAUGUUUACGUCUGGAUUUAGAGCAACAAAACCAUACGGAUGUAGUGUUUAUAAAUAACUAAAACAGAUUUUCAUGCUUAGUUUUCUACCUUUUUCAAUAAAAAUCUAUUACUGCACACUCAACACUAACUCAUCUUUUUUUUAAAGGUACUAGGAUUAUCUAAACAACUGUCACUAUGUUCACUUUUAAGUUCAUCUGUCUGAUCAGGCAUCUAUGUAUAUAAUACAUAUUUUUGCUUAAUAAAUUUCAGCUUAUAUUAUUUUUAAACAGUUUUGAAAAAGCCAUUGGAAUGUUAAAACUAAUAUAAAGGGAACAGCUAAUUUAGACCAAAGAAUGGUAUUUUCACACCUCUUGCUUUGUAACACUUUGGUUUCUUUAAAAUCUUCUUAGGCUUCUGCUAAACCUUUCAUUCACGCCUAGUCUGUCAUUAAACACUGGCAUUUUCUAAGACCUACUGUGGCAGCUAAUUUUUUUUGCUUUAACAGUUACUUUGUAUGUUUGAGACACAAUUGCGAGCAGAUAGCGAGAUGGAAACAAGACAGCAGCACUUGAGGAAUGCAAUGGUUUUUAGAUGGCUCAAGAAGUGCUGUGAACAUGCUUAGGUUGCUGAGUGCAUGACUUCCUGUGGACACGUUGUUGACAUUGGCUCCUUAGCAAUUAGAACCCGGCAUUUUAAACAGCAAGGAUCCCCCCAGUCAGAGUCUGUCAAAUCUAGAGCAGCUUGCUUUAUAAAUAGCAUUUGAGGAACUGCCAAGGCUCCAUGUGGAAGCAGAGCUCAGGAGAGCGUUCCUCCCAGCGUGAGAAGGCGCAGAAGCAAAGCUCUUCCUUUGUGCCCAGGAGAGACUGACUCCAGUGCUGGGAGCCUCCAAGGAGCUCUACAUGGAUGAAGGAGCUGCUGGCCUGAGCUCCUGGUUCGGCUGGGAACCUCCUCCCAGCUGCCAGCUCCACCUUGAAAAGCAAAGCGGCUUCUGCCACUCUGCCGUCUCAAGUGCUAGGCUGCCUUAAAGUGGAUGUUGCAAAUGUUCAAGUGCAGAUUGUUUCCAAGCCUUUAGAACUAUUUUGUACAAUUGCACAGUGCAGCAGUCAGUAAAACAGCAUUUUUCUAUCCACCACUUUUUCAACAUUGGCCCAAAUGAACUCUACGAUGUAUAUUAUUCAUAUACUUUGCUUUAAUAUUUAUUACAUUUUGGAAGAUGUAUAGUAGCUGUUCUUUGAACAUAAUACAACAGUUAAUAAAUAUUUAAGAACAGCCUCCUGUAUUCAUUGGGAAAUGUUGGCAUGUUGUCUCAUUGUCCAAAUUUAAUACAGCUCUUAUUUGGCUACAUUAAAGAAUGCAAUAUGUUUAGUUUUCACUUGCAUGUCACAAUGUAUUAGUUUGUGCUAUAGGAGAUAUUUUAAAUUGAAAUACUUUGUUUUAAAUUAUUUUUACAGUGAGGAUUGUUUUCUGCUCUUUUAUAUUGUAUAUAGUGUCUUUUAUGUAAUCUACUGGCAUAUGUUUUGUAGAAGACUGUUUAAAAUUACUGGCUAUCUUCCUGCAACUUUUGAAAUACAAAACCAGUGUUUUAUACUCGUACACUCUGUUCUAAAGUCUAUUAAAAUUGUCAUUUGA